CACCGUUGACGGCUUGGGCGGGGCCGACUGGGGCGCGCACGCGCUAUGGGCCGCGCCUCAGGCGAUGCUGCUACGGAGCUUGGCCCUGGGAGGCCGGGCGGCGGUCGCUGCUGCGCGGGGCCCGGGGCCACCCUCCAGCUGGGACUGGUGCCAAAGGCUGCUUAGGGGCGGCAGCAUUCUUCACAGGAUUGGAGUACAUGAAGGCCCCAGAGAGUUCGGGAAGGACUGUACGGAGGUGGGCUCCCAAGCAGGUGCAGCAGACACUGGGCAGCCGAAGUCCUCCCUGCCUGGCGGGGGCCCCUCUGAGCCCCGGUACCCACCGCCGCCUGAGCUCCAGCCCCCCACAAACUGCUGCAUGAGCGGCUGCCCCAACUGUGUGUGGGUAGAGUACGCAGACGCGCUGCUGCAGCACUACCAGGACGGCGGGAAGCGGGCCCUGGCUGCCCUGGAGGAGCACGUGGCUGACGAGAACCUCAAGGCCUUCAUCCGGAUGGAAAUCCAGCUCCGCGUGAGGAGUGGAGGCUGAGCCCUUACCCGGACAGCCUCCUCCCAGGGACGCAGCACGGCCUCCUUUUUCCGCGGCCCCUUUGUGAGGGAACGGGAAGAAGUGUUUGUGGACUUUCCGUGGGAGUAAUUAAGUUCUCUGAGGUGGUUAGACAGGAGGCUUCCGUGUCGUCCUCUGUAGGGCUUGUGUCACCUCAUUGGGGAAGGCAGGCACACUGUCAUUGUCAGCCCACCGGGCACCUGUGAGGGUGAAGCUGGACCCAUUUCCUUGACUAUUCAUGUGACAGUUACCCCAGGGGCCCCUUCCAUGGCCCAGCAUCCCAGCAGUCCUGCCCAAAGGCCAGCUCUGGUUACUCUCAGUGGUGCAGCAGAGGGAGGACCAUCUGGCCCGGUGAAGUUGCCGUUGGCGAAACCCUUGGCAGACAGCCUGGGAAGCGCCCCAUUCAUCCAGCUGCAGGCAGUCCCUCCCCACCCACCGGCCCUUCCAACCCACUUAGCAGCUCCCAAGGCAGUUGGCCGGGGCCAAGGGACCGGGAGGCCUCAGGCGUUAGCCCUGGAACCAGCCUUCUAGCACCAGACUGGUCUGGUCCUUGACUGCUGACUGGGCCACUUAGACCAUUGGUUGGAGUAGGACUUUUUCUUAGGGCCCUCACUGCCCAACCCCAUCUCCUGCUCACCCUCAGCCAUGGAAAUUUUCCCACUUCAUCUGCCUCCACCACCCCGGCACCCAACAAUUCCAAGCUCUGAUACUGGUGGCCUGGACAGGUUUGGGGACGACAUCCCGGGAAUGGAAGGCCUGGGAACAGACAUCACGGUCAUCUGCCCGUGGGAAGCCUUCAAUCACCUGGAGCUGCACGAGCUGGCCCAGUAUGGGAUCAUCUAGCCCUGGAUCCUAACCUGGGCCCCUACCCUCCGCCGCCGCCCGCUGUGACCGACCCCUGCUUCCUGCAAAGAGGCCUGCCCCCCAGUGUCCAGAUGACCCUGUGUCUGGAGACCCUUGCAGGGCGGUGGCUUUAGGCCCCAGGAGCCCACCCCCUCCACACAGGACGCCCUCUCGGGGUGGCCAGGCCCUGCUUAGCUCCGCGGACCCUCUCCCCCCAUGGAAAGGGAAAGUGAGGACAGGGCCUCCCAGGAGUGUCUCCCACACCCUGGCCCCUGUCCUGCCUGUCUGGGGGUGAGGACAAGCUGCCCCCACUGACCCUGUCGGCUGAGGCCCUUGGGCCAGCUUGGCGGGAGGUGGGUGGCAGGAGUCCUGUGGGCAUCAAUGGGAGAGCGAGGCCCCUCCAGACGCAUCACACCAGCAGGAAGCUUGACCUUUCCAGCUCAGCCCGUGCUUGCUGUCCUUGUUUCAAAUAAAAUUAGUGUCCUACUUCCCCA